GGGCCUCAGCAGAAUCAGAGCUACAGCAGGUUCAGUUCCUCACAUUCCAACGGCAGGAUGGACAACGCUACGUACAGCUAUUCAUCUGACUGCACUCCACUCACAAACUGCAAGUCCUCACGCAAGCCGCAGGGCUCUACGGUGGUGAACAUGGGCCCUGUGACCAAAAAACCUCUCAAUGACUACUUGGUCUGGUCCCUCUGCAACACCUUGUAUGUCAAUUUUUGCUGCCUCGGUUUCAUGGCCCUCAUUUAUUCCAUCAAGGCUCGAGACCAGAAGACCCUGGGAGACAUGCGUGCGGCUCAGGAGUGCUCGGACAAGGCAAAGUGGUACAAUAUCCUGGCGUCUGGCUGGAACCUUCUGGUGCCGCUGCUUUUCCUUGGGCUUUUCGGACUGCUUCUCGUCCACCUUGGCAGCCUGCAGGGAAGCUUCGACUUCUUCGGUGAAGAAGGCUACCAGAAUUUCAUGAAGCUCUUUGGCAGGUAGACAGCGAAGGAAACAUCUGGAAAAAAAAAAUUCCAAUGAUCCCAACAAUGAACAAUAAUGAUCCCUGGACUUAUAAACCUCUGUGCCUCGUCAACCUUUGUUUAUCUUCUCACUAGUGAAUUAUUGUAUUAUUGUUUUUAUUAUUAUUCUAAAAAAGAAUUGUCAGAUUCUUGUAUGGUAAAUGUGAGAACUAUGAGAAAUAUCCAAUGCAUUUGUUGUUAUUGUUGCUUAUUUGAAGUUAAUGUGACAUAACUGGAAUAAACUAUUUAACGUCAUUAAUUACUUUGAUC